AUGAAUUCUUAAAAAUCACAAGAAUGUGAAGGUUUCAGGUUGAUAGAUGUUGAUAGUUCGUACAAGAAGAUAAAGGAAUUUCAGGAGAGUUAAGAAUUGAUUAAUUUGGAUGAAUCAAGCAUUCAAAAGGUAAGAGGAGAAAGUAUUAAUAUGUAGAUGGCUUAAAAGGACGAAUGGAUUGAAUGUUUAUGUAUUUUGGAAAUAGAAUUAAAAGCAAUAUUGUUGGACAGAGUUAGCAACAUGUCUAUUUUGCCGCAAUAUUUGAGACAAAGAUUAUAGCCAUUCAUUAUUUUUAUUAUGAACUAAAUGUAUAAUAAUUUCUAUCAAUUAGAGUAUUUGUUCAGAAUCGUAUGAAGUUACAAUGUUAUCUAAAUGAGAUUCUAUUUUUGGUUUAGAGAUUGGCAUUCAAAAUAUGGAAACAACACCCCAUUUAAUCACUUGAAUUCUUUUAUUUGGUGAUUCCAUCACAUCUUACAUAAUUCUACAACAGUCGAGUAUCAGAAUUAUCAAUUUAUAAAUCUCUCAUCAAUCAAUUCUAUUAUGAGAGACAGGUUUACGACAUAUAAAACUAAGCUGAGAGUUAUAUUAGCAAUUCUCAAAUACAAUUGUUUUACCCUCUUCAAAAUGAGAUUCUCAGUAAACGUAACUUGGCCGAGAAUGUCCUUAGUUUAUCACCAUUUUUACGUAUGCAAAUUCAUUACUUUUAUAAGAAUGGUGGCUUUGAACUUAUAAAUGAAUCUUUAUCUAAUUUCACUCUCAAACACUUAAAUGCCUUAUCUCUUUUGAGUUAUUUUAAAACGAAUAUCAAUGAAAUGGUAUUCACAACCAACUUUCAACACAUCAACUAUUAAUAAGUUGCCUUGUAAUUAUGUGAUGAAGAUAUUAAAAAUGCAAGCAAAGAAACUUUCGCAAAAUUCAAUGCAUACAUAGCAAACCUAAUAUCAUUCGUCAGUAGCUUUUCCGAGCAAAAAGCAUAGAUAAAUUUGGUGUAAAUGACCAUGUAUUUGUAAUGCCUCCGUUGUUCUUCACUCCAAAAACGUAUAUAUGGUAAUCAGCAUAAAAUGUAUUUUAUUAGGAUUGUAAUCACUAUCCAAUAUGAUCGACACACAGCCAAAUUAUAGUCAGUAUUCGCAGGUCAAUAAAAACCUAUUGAAAUUCCUUGUGGAAAAUCAAGUGUUCUAGGAUUUAUUCGGAGAGAAAACCCAUUUUGAAUUGAUCAAACGUUCCUUCCCUCUAAUUAAACUUCUUUAUGAGAAUAAAAGUAUAAAAAGAGAGGAAUUAAUUAGUAUCCUCAGAUUGGCCAGAGGUAAACAUGAAACCUGGAUUAAUAUAAUCUCAACCUUAUUAUAGGAUCUUGCAGAAAUAUUAAAUUUGGAAGAUGUUCAGAUAAUGUUCCAAAAUAUCCAGUCCAACUAAAUCGGUUUGGAUGGUCUCAAUUUCAUAAAGAGUUUGGGUCGUAACAAAUACCUAAACAAGUUUCAGGAUGCCCAAGACUCCGAUGUCACUGAUAAUACGUAUAAAAAAUAAAAGCUUACUAAUGAUGAUUGCAAGGUGAUAUCAAUCGGGAAUUGUGAAGAUUCUUAAAAUUAGUGCUUGUCUGAUAAACAGAAUUUGGAACAAUAGAUAACCUAAUAUGAAGAUAUUAAAGCUUAAAUUGUGGAAUACCUAUUAAAUGUGGUUCAUGAUCAACAUAAUACCAUCAUAGGCCAGACAGCAUUCGAAAUUGCCAUUUAGUUAAUUUGCCAUCAAUUUAAAUUUCUGAGAAUCUAAUACUUGAUCAAUGCAAUAUAGGCUUUGAAUUUGGAUUAAGCUCAAUUGCCAAUCUAGGAUUACUUUAAUUUAAUUCAACAAAUCAUUCAAUCCUCUUAUCCGAUAGAGCAAUUCUUCAAUUCGAAGGAUGUGUUGAAUUGGAUGUAGAAGUAGUAUAAUUUAAAAAUCAGCUUUUUGAGUUUGAUUAGAAGAGAAAAAUUAAAGUAUCUUUUUAAGGAGGAGAAAGAAUACUUGUAGGUGAUUAUUCAAUGUGUUAAUUUCUAUAAAUUUUUACAUUAGAAUAGUUAAAUUAAACAAUAUGAAUUAUAGAUAUUAUGGAGAUUGCUAGUUGAAAAUUCAAGAUGCAUGGAGGAGAGAGACUUGUUUUUUGACUGGUUCUAUGAAUAAUUAAAUUUAGAUUAUGAUGCAAUGAUGUGGUUAUUCAUUAAAAUAAUCAAAUAAACUCCAUUGUCAUAAUCAAUGCUUAGAUGUUUGAUCAAAUUGAUUCUGUAUUACAAUCAGAAAUACAGGGUAAUUAAAGUAGUGAAUUAUGAUGCCUACCAAAUAGGUAACAGCGAUCUGAUAGGUCUCAACGUUUUGUGGAGGAUAUUUCACACUCACCCUGAUUUGUACAAUCAACUCUCCGAAUUCUUCAUCAAACUAUUAAAAAUGAAUCAAUCCCUUAAUGUACUGAAUCAUUUGAAACAGCAAUAUCUAGAAGAACUCUUUUCACACAUCCAGAAUCCCACUUCUAUCCAAUUUGUUCUACAACUAUUGGAAGAGUUUGAAGGGUAUAAGAUGAUAGAUUAAGAAGAAAAGAUUGUUAUAACCAUCCUUAACAAGUGUGCAAAUGCCUUGAAUCCCAAGAAAUAGGAAAUCUAAUUGCAAUCUAAUUUAUAAGUUUAUCAGGCUAAGUAAUUCAUUGGAUAGAAAUUGAACCCAUCUAUGAAGCCAGAAGAAUUUGAUAUCUUUUGCAGAGGUUCCUUGUUCAAAGACAACAAGACCCUCAAAGAUUACAAAGUGAACGAGAAAUUGACCUUCACCAUCUCUAAUAAGUAGGGUUACAAUGACGAUUUUGAAACUUAUGAACAACAUGACUUAGAUUUCCAUGAGAAAGUGAAUAAGAUUCAGGACAUUGUCAACAUCCAGAACAAACACUUUAUCCUAUCAGUUUUGAAGGAUAAGAACUUUGAUGUAGAUAAUACCAUAGGGGAACUCAUUGACAUAGGCGAUUAAUUAUAUAAUGAGUAUCAAUAGAAGAAUCUCAAUAAAGCACCUCCUCCAAAAAUAAUAUAGACUAACUCUUCUUUUGCAUUUCUAAUUUCCAAUUAAUAUAUCGAUUAAUUAUUCAACAUAUUUAAUUGCAACAAUCAGCAAUUAAAUACUAAAAUAUGGAGUAUCUUACAGAUGAUUCCCAGUAAUCAGGAAGUCUAUUAAUUGAUUGAAUCAUCGCAGAAUGAUUGGAGUAAGUUAUUAAUAGUUGAUAACAAAUAUCGAUUACAAUAUCACUUACAAAUAUUAAAGGAAUAAUUGUCGUGUGAUUGUGUGGAAGAUGAAGAUAAUUACAGGAUAUUGAGAUAUAAUUUCAUUAAAAAUGGUGGUUUAUAACUGCUAUUGAAUAAUCUUGAUAAUCCAUUAGAAAUAGUACUCAUAAUAUUGGAGAUAUUUCAAAUGUAUUUGAAUAGUUACGUUGGCAAGGAGUUCGCAGAUAAUAAUUAUUUGCUGUUUUCUAAAUUGAAAACCAAUGAUCAAGUUAAGAGUUAGCUUGCUUCCCAGGACAUUAUUCAAGACGAAUAAGCAUAAGCCUUAGUGACAUGUGAAAAAUUCGAUAUUGAGAUCAACUGGGAGAAUUUGUUGAAUGACUUGUUUCAUUGGAUAGGUAUUGAAUAAUGCUACACCGUAAUACUGAGUAUAAUAUUUGUUUAACCUACUUUGUUGAAGUGCCAAUUUCCAAUCAAUGAAUUGCUGAAUUUAUUGAAUAAUCCUUUAUUUGAAUAACGUUAAAUGGUUGCAAACUUCAUCGUCACAUUGAGUGAUAUUGGCAUCAAAUUUGGAUACAACUUGAGCAUCCAAUUUCUGCCAGUACUGAUUUAAGGACAGACUGAAUAUGAAGAAUUGUUUAUUGUGAUUGCAGAAUUAAUUGAGUAAGCAAACGACGUUUCCUUUUUGUAAACUCGGGAAUUGGGUUUGAAAGUCAUAAAUUUCAUUUAGAAUAGACCAAUAAUUGAAUCACCAUUUAUGGAGAAUGAAGAUAAAGUCUUGUAAGGCAAUUUGGUGUUGCUGAUAUCUUUAUUGAAGAAGGAUAGAGAAUUAUCGAAUAAUCUAAUCGAUACUCAUUUUUCUAAAUAUAUCUACGAGUGUUUGUUUGAAAUGCACAACAACUAUUUACUCUACCCAGUGUAUAAGAGGAGCAAUACAAGAAAGAGAGCUUUUGAUUUAUUGUUAGAGUUAAGUAAAGUCUAAUCGCAUCUCUAUUAAAUACUAGAUCUGAUUCAAAUGAACCAGCAAACCAGAACAAGUUCUCAAGAAUCAAAUGCGGAAUUUGGCAUCAAAAGAGAACAUGGGUUUGUAGGUCUGUGCAAUUUAGGAGCAACUUGCUAUAUCAAUUCGCUUCUAUAGUAGUUGUUUAUGAAUAUUCAAUUUCGGAGAGGUAUUUUGAAUGGGUAAAUUCUCAUCAAGACUGAGCUUGGAAUAUAACUCAUAAUAACCAAUUACGCUAAUCAAGAGCAGAUCUAAAGUUUGAAUGAACACACCUUAUUCCAGUUGCAAUUGGUUUUCAUUUAACUCUAAGAAUCAGUCAAAUAAUACAUCAAUCCCAACUAGUUUAUUAAGACACUCAAAGGCUUUGAUGGAUAAUAGAUCAAUCCUCUGAUUCAGGAAGAUUGCAAUGAAUUCUUUAAUCUGUUAACUGUAAAGUUAGAAUAGGAUUUGAAGCAUACUAUCUAAUAAAACCUCAUACAACAAAGUUUUGGAGGUACUUUGGUAAAUGAAAUCAAGUCAUUGGAAUCCGAUUGUGAUUUUUUGAAGGAAACAGAAGAGCCCUUUUUGACUGUUUCUGUUGAGAUCAAAAAUAAAAAGAGUUUAUAUGAGGCAUUGGAUUUGUUUGUUAAAUCUGAUGUUUUGGAUGGGGAAAAUCAAUACUUUUGUGAUGAAGUCUAACGUAAGAUCGAUGUGGAAAAGAGAUGUUACUUCACUAAGUUACCCAAAACCUUCAUUUUCCAUCUUAAACGAUUUGAAUUUGAUUUCAAUACCAACACUCGUAGCAAAAUCAAUGAUUAUUGGGAAUUUCCCUUAGAACUCAAUAUGUUCAAAUGGACUCGUGAUAAUAUUGUUCAACAGCAGUAACUGGAGGAUUUCUCAGAGUAUAUGUACGUUUUGAAAGGUGUUCUUGUUCACACAGGAAGUGCUGAAGGAGGUCAUUACUUCUCCUACAUCAGAGAUGGCAAAAAUCAAUGGUUUGAAUUCAAUGAUAAGUUGGUCACUCCCUUUGAUGUUCAGAAUUUGAGGGAGAAGUGCUUUGGAGGCGAUCAAAAUAAUGAGUGGGGGAUACCAAAUAGCAAGAAUGCCUAUAUGUUAUUUUAUGAGAAAGAGAAGCAGGCAAGUUAGUAGAAGACUAACCAAAACAAUAUUGAAAUAGAGAGUGAGGAUGAGGAUCUUAACAUAGAACAGUUGAGAAAGUAGGUGAUAAAAUAGAAUACACAGUAUUUAGAAAAUAAAUUGUUGAAUGCUCAAGAAUAUGUGAAUUUUGUUUAAAGACUGGUGUAGGUGGGUAUGGAGAGUAACUAGUUUCAAUCUCUUGCACAAUUGCUUCAAUUGUUCACCAUCUUCACUUUUACAUAGUUUUUGAAGAACAAGGAUGUCUAGUAAUUUUAGAAUAACCUCAAAAUUCUGAACAAUUCCUACAAUCAAACUCAUUCAACAUGUGUGUGGUUACUUGAGUAGUUUAGAUUCAACAAGGAAAUAUUGAUUUGCUGUUUAAUUGAACAUCAAUUAAUUGAAAUUGCUUAAUUCUUGAAUUUAGUGAUUGAAUAAGCUUGUGUCUAUGAUUCAUCUAGUGUAGAGCCAUUCUUUUAGUUUUAUCUAAGUGAAUUAUUGCCUAUUGCAAGUAAAAAUCAUAAGAAUGGAGUUUACUAUUUUGAAGUGAUUAGUUAUAAUAUAGAUAAGCAUGAGGGUUUGCUCACUUUGUUAAUGCAGAAUGGUAAGGUUGGUUACUUCUAUAAGUUUUAUGAGAUUUUAAUGGAGAAAUUGAAGGCAACUUCACCAACCAAUAGUUAGUUAAAGGAUGAUACUCUGAUCCUAAUUUGGGAAAUAUUGGGGAAGAUGAUUAGAUACUCUUAGACAGUUGGUAUGUUAUCGAAUCAAGAUUGUCCAACAUAUUUGCAUAAGGGAUCACCAAGGUUUGAAUUAGAUUAAGAGUGGAUUGAAGAAUUGUUAUAGCAGAAUCGGUUUAGAAAGUACAUCUUAUCCAUGGUUACGCAUCAAAAGCAAUUGAUUUAGAUGAUCAAGCAUAUUUGUUGGAAUGAUCAUUUUGUCAGUAACAAAGUCAUUUAGGAAAUUCUGAUUCAAAUAUUGGACAAUGACAAUUCAUGGUCUUCAUUGGAGAAGAUAACUGAAGUCUUAAAGGAAAUCCUGCUUAUGGAGGAUGGAUUGCAAUAGACCAGAAUCCUAUUGAUAUUCUCAUAUGAAUAGGGCGUUGAAUCAAAGACUGCUCGAGCCAAAACAUUAAUGGAGGUCCUACAGAAGGAUGAUCUGGAUUACACGAUUGGAAUUAUAUGCAUGAUAGCUGAACUUGGUUCUAAUGUGAUUGGAUUGUCUGAGUAUUUGAAUAAAAACAAGCAAGAUUUUGAAUUCAUAUUGUGCAAAUUAAAGGAGAUCUUGGCUAUUCCAUAUCACUUUUUAUAUCCAGUUGUGUAGAUCCGAAAGGGCGUAGAAUAGGUAAUCAUAAUGUUAUUAUCACAAGUUGCAAAACAUUUUCUAAGUAUAAAUUGACUUCAAUGUUGAAGAUGACAAUCGACAAUAAUCGGAUGAGGAAUCGAAAUGCUUAAGUACUCAAGUGAAUUAAGAUUUGGAUGAUACUAAUCAAAUUUCUGAAUGA